AUGGCAGAAGAGUCUACCCUGCAGCUCGAAUAUCGAGGCCGUGUCGCCGUCCUAACCAUUUGCAAUGAACGAAAACUCAACGCCUUCAACUCAGCACAAUACUAUGAUCUCGCUCAAAAGAUGCGAGAGAUCGCCACCCAUGACGAGGUUUUCACUACAGUGAUUUUGGCAAAGGGUCGAUACUUUUCAGCAGGAGCUGACGUCGGUGUCUCUCGAGAGAUAGCUGGAGAUGGGAAAGCAGUCCACAAGCAAGUCUUGCAGGGUUUUGUCGCUCAAAACCUCAACAUCACCCAUGCCUUUGCAACUCACCCCAAAGUUCUCGUCGUUGGCCUCAAUGGUCCUGUUGUAGGCCUUACAGCUGCGCUCAUUGCGUUUGCUGACUUUAUUUACUGCGCGCCAUCGACUUUCCUCCUCACACCUUUCUCAUCCAUUGGUCUCGUUGCUGAGGGUGGUGCAUCGCGAGCACUCGCACUGCGUCUCGGACCUGCACGAGCCUACGAAGCAUUGCUCAUGAGUUGCCGCAUUGGAUCUCAGGACCUCGAGCGCUGUGGAUUCGUCAAUGCCAUCUUUGACGAGGGCGAUGAUGUCAAGUUCAGGGCUAGAGUGUUGAAAGAGGUUGACGAGAGGCUGGGAGAUCACCUCAUUGGGGAUAGCUUGAUCGGAAUCAAGAAGCUGGUCAGGAAGCCUGAGUUGGAUAUUCUGCACACACAGAAUGUCCAUGAGGUUUUCGCUGGACUGGAGAGAUUCAUGACGGGUGUUCCCCAGGAGGAGUUUGCGAAGCUUGCGAGCGGUGCGAAGCGACACAAGCUGUAA